AUGCCAUAUCAGUUAGCUUCCACUGUUGUGAUAAAUGAUGAUUUAUUGAAAUAUCGACGGAUGGCGAGAUUCUCUUGGUGUGAUCUGCAGGAAUGGUUAUACGGUUCAGAGAGUAUCCAGUUCAAGGAUAAGAUCUUUGAAAAACUCCGUACUGAUAACGUUUUUGUUCGCGACUGGCGAACAGUGACGAUGGAUGAAAGCCGCCAAAUAUGCAAUCGACGAUGGAAACAACUUUUGAAAUAUAAUUUCAUCACAUUUGACGGGCUUAAGACAAAUCCUGAAAGAUUUGUGGACUUCACGGAAGUGUUAGAAAGUUAUGAUCAAGGUUUAGCAGCAAAAUUCUACAUUAAUGCUAUCUUCUAUGUCACCGUCUUAUCAAUGGGAACGAAUCGUCAUCAGCAAAUACUCGAAAAAUGCAUGAAAAAUGAGAUUGUCGGCUGUUUUUGUUUGACGGAACUGUCUCAUGGCUCAGAUGCGAAUUCAAUCCGUACUGAGUGCCACUAUGACAAAGGUCAAUUCGUAAUGCACACACCCGAUGAUGAAGCAAUCAAAUGUUGGGCUGGCAAUUUGA